AUGCCCUUAAGUACUGGUGUGAGAAGUUUUUUUGCCCAUUCGGACGCCAAGGGAAAUAGUACUGGUGUGGAAGAUGAAAAUCACGCUUCAUCAUUAAAAGAUAUGACUGGGUCUGAUGUGAAUGAGGCGGGAAACAAUUUCUUCUUGAAGAGAGCCUCGAAUUUUUUCGAUCUCAUAUCUCAUGAAUUCGAGCCAUUACCCAGCGAAGUAAAUCAAGUAUCACCAGAGGCUUCAAACAAGAAUACUAAAAAAUAUGGCGACCUCUCAUCCAGUGAUGAAUUGUUUGCUGGUGGUACCCCUCAGCCCAAUACUCAUCAUUCCCAGUAUAUCAGACCACUGAUCGAACUGGGAUCCGUUAUAUCGAAUGAUUACCUUCCUGAUAGCUUACACCGGCAAUCAAGGAACCCGAUUAUUGCAUAUGAAGAGUCUGGUAAAGAGAAGAAGAAAGUAAACAACGAUGAAUAUGAAGAUUUGAGCGAUGAUGAACUCGACAAAGAAGCUGUUCCAACUGGGGAGUGGACAAGUCCUGUGGUACGAGAGGCUUUAGCUAGACAGGUCAGCAAGGAAUUGCAAUUCAAAACACUUUGGACUAAUAUUUUACGGCUUUUCAGUGCGCACUUUUUUUUUGUAGUGACUCAGAAAGUUGUUCAAAUAUAUUGGGCGAGUCACGGACUGGAGGCAAGCCCUGACAAUGCUUUCCUCAUAAAAUUCUUUCAACCCCAUCAUGUUGAGUAUGCGGUGACUCUAGUGGGUAAAGCUCAUGAAUAUGCACGUCAUUUGUUGUGGCUCUUUGUGGUAAUAAUCAUUUUCGAUAUCGCGAUGGUUCUUUGGCCUCAAGACCAAUGUAAAGAUCUACCUUUAACGGUCAAACAAAGAGAGCUCAUUGGGCUCAAGAGCAUCCCAAGCGGAGAGACGGGAGAUGUAUCAGACACUGCAAGUUUAGAGAUAUCACAAAGAUUAUUUGAAAGCGCCUCGACAAAACCAUUGCAUAUUCCCAAGUAUUCUCGUAUCAAUGAGCUUCCAAACUUGAUCAAAAGAAAAGAAAAGGAUAAUUUUAUGGAAGAACUUGCGAGUGAUUUAAAACAUGUUAAACAUCAAAACAGAUUAAAUCAUGCCUCUCGAAUAAUUGAGAAACUUUGA